AGUAGUGUGCAUCUUAUAAUUUGAGAAAUUAAAAUUAAUAUAAAACUGUACUGUGAAAUAUCCUGCUUUUGGGGAGGAGACGUGUUCUUUGUGUUGCUAUAUAUCAGAAACUAAUGUGAAGAUGUGUGGCCUUUAUAUUUUAAUGAGUUUCAUAUUGAUUUCUGUCAUGAAAAAAAUAAUCUAGAUGUCUUUUUUAAGUGGCAGAUGAGGCUCUUUAGUAAUUUAACAUGCAACAACACUUUUCUGGCAAGAUAGUUUUAGCAUGAGGUAGACCAUACUAUGUGUUCACUUGUGACUCCUUGACUCAAAAAUUCCUCCCCUCAACUUUUGCGUCAACCCUGAGAGUAUCUGCCUUUGUGUAACUGAACCUUCUGCACUCGUUGCGAGUUGUUCGUGCAGUCCAUCAGUCAUGUGUCACUGUGACACGAUAUCAUCCCUCUUCUCCACUGCUGCCUCCUUUUUCUCUAUCCCUCUUCUGUUUUUACCUCAUCUUAACAUGUCAUUCUCGCCCCCUCCUCUCUCUCAUGCCCUGAGGUCAGUGUGUGCUGCACUAUUGAUAUUGUUUCUAAAAAUAUAGGAUUCUUCCACCAGCCAGCUAAAAAUAGAGCAAGGGACAUGGACCAUAGGAGGGGGAAGAGGAAGAGGAGGAGAGGGAGAGAGAGCUUUCUAACUGUACUCAUACUAUGGGCAUAAAUCCCAGUGGAGAGGUGGUCUACUGUGUUUUCUACUUUUGCUUGUAAAUUUAUAUGGUAGUUUUCUGUAAUUUGGACUUAAGUUUGUACCCUUGUUCAACUCCAAUUCAUUGUCUCAUCUCUUUCUCUUUUUUUUUUGGCAUCUUUGGACUUUAUUCAAACUGAAUUUUACAUUAUGGUCAUAUAUCAUAAUUAGGUACUGUGCUGCCAAAGUACACUGCAUAAAUUUCACUGCAAGUGAAGUAAAUCAAAAAUGUAAAGAAUAUAAAUAUGUUUUGUGUAAUUUGAUGAUGACUGACAAGAUGAUAAAAGACUGUAAUAAGACUGUAAAAGGUCAAACUUUUAAGACCAAUGUACUGAAGAAAUAAAAAUGAUGAAUGUAAAUGUAAUGUAAACCAAUAAAAUAGGUGAAGAAAGAAAAUAUGUUUGAUACACUAUAUGAUAAAUUACAUUAACUAAUUUCAGACUAUAAUAAAAAAGAAAUAUAGAACAAAUAUCAUUUCAAAAGGAUAUACAGUUUGAUGAGCUGUAGUAGUUUAACAUGACCCCCCUCCUCUCUCUCUCUGUCUCUCCCCCAACACUUCUCUAGCUCACGCUGCAGCCUGUGUCUCUUUUGUAGCUUGCUGAAUCGAUCCACCGCAGAGCCUUGUUCGGAUUGAGUGAAAGAGAGAGUGAAGGAUUGAGAGGAUGGGUAGGGGGGCUUAAGGGAAAAAACUCAUAAAAGGAAGGGUGAGAGAGAGAAAGAGAGAGAGGAGGGAAAGCGACAGAGGCAGAAAGAGACCAAAUACCAAAAUCCAACAAGCCUCCCUGGUGUGAGGUGUCUUGGCUACUGACGUGUGCGCACGACUCUUGUUGGCAAGAUGAGUUCGUGUAGCAGUCGUGCAUUGACCAUCCUGUCCACUGUGUUUGGAGCCUGUGGGCUGCUGCUGGUGGGGGUGGCUGUGUCCACAGACUACUGGCUGAUCAUGGUGGAGGGCAUCAUCCUGCAGCAGAACCAAAGCAUGGAGGUGAAGAUGGAGCUGCAUUCAGGCCUCUGGAGAGUUUGCUUUGUGGCUGGGUCAGAAAAUGGGAGAUGUGUUGCAUCGGAGUACUUCACUGAACCCGAUAUAGAGAUCACCACUGAAAACACUGCAAACAUCCUCAAGAUGGUGCGUACAGCCACACCCUUCCCGAUGGUGUCGCUGCUCUUUGUCUUCACUGCCUUUGUUAUCAGUAACAUCGGACACAUCCGGCCUCAGCGCACCAUCCUGGCCUUUGUGUCGGGAAUCUUCUUCAUCCUCUCAGGUCUCAGUCUGGUGGUGGGCCUGGUGCUCUACAUCUCCAGUAUAAAUGAUGAGGUGAUGAACCGGCCCAGGGAGCCUGAGCAAUUCUUCCACUACCACUAUGGCUGGUCUUUUGCCUUUGCUGCCUCUUCCUUCUUACUCAAAGAGGGGGCUGGGGUGAUGUCUGUCUAUCUGUUUAUGAAACGUUACGCUGAGGAAGAGAUGUAUCGCCCCCAUCCUGCACUCUACCACCCCCGCCUGUCCGAGAGCAGUGACUACAGCGGCCAGUAUCUCCACCCAGAAUCCUCCUGGCCUCCGCCAAAGAGAGGCCGCAGCACCUCUGAAGCCUCCAGCGACAUCUCCAUCCAGCUCAACCAGACGCCCCCAACGCAGCCAAAAAGCAACCUCCAGACCAGUGGGCAAGGCAGCCCACCAUCUGGCUCUUCUUCUGCAGGGAGCUACCAAAUGCCCCAGCAGUCUGCUGGCUACCCCUCUACACACACCCUGCCCAGGUUGCACUCCUCACAUCCCCAAGGCCAGGUUCUUCCUAUGGCCCUGCCUCCAUCACCUGUACCUCCCCCUCAUUAUCACACACACAUGCACAUGAGCGCCUCACCUUGUUAAGAAGAGGGAGCAUUAAGGAGGCAGGAGAAACACGAACUCCUCAUAAUCAGGUAUACUGUACUGUACACUUAGAUGCGGAUGAGAAUAAAUACUGAACUUGGAUGUAGCUUUGGAACAAUAUGAACAAAGGACAAAGGAGAUUUUGGAGAUUGAAACGGAAGAUUUUAUACCAUUGUUGUGAUUUUACAGAAAUGGUGAUGGAUAAAGAGAAACAAGAAUAGACAAAGAUGGGGCGAUAAAUCAAGGAAUUCACUUCAUCUUGAUGGAAAGAGGGUAAAGAGUUUAGGUUGAGUGACAGAAGAAACACAGGGGGGCGGGACAGAGGCAGGGAGUGCAAGACAAAGAUAGGAAAUUUGUAUACACCUAGAAAUAUAGAGUGGAAAACACUGAUCAGAAAGACUUAGGAUGCACAUAAUUUUACACAUACAGUUGAAGCCAGAUGUUUACAUGCGCUUAGGUUGAAGUCAUUAAAACUUGUUUUUAACCACUCCACAGAUGUCAUGUUAACAAACUCUCAUUUUGGUAAUUCAGUCAGGAAGUAUUUUAUGCAUGACACACAGGUAAUUUUUCCAACAGUGGUUUACAGACAGAUUAUUUCCCUGAUUGUUCACUAUAUCACAGUUCCAGGAGGUCAGAAGUUUACAUACACUCAGUCGAC